GCAGAGAGCGCGUAGUAGAAUGUUGGCCAUCUCGACCCGACCCGGCGGCUGUCGUUCGUGUGUCGAUCCAACCAGCUCAACUCAGUUGAGCUGGAGAAUGCGCUAGUGGCGUAUCGCGACGUUUAUCCCGCCGGAGCUCUCAAUCGCGCGCGUUUGCGUUCAUAUUAUUGUGCACUACUGCUGGUUGGUUGGUUGGUGGUGCACUGGACCUAGAUAGAAUCGAGUAACCGUCGACGGUUUUUUUUUUGGUUCGGACACCUAGAAGUGUUUUGGUGCGGAGUGGAUUUCGUUUUAGUUUUAUUCACUGCGCGUUUCGGCAGUUGUGCGAUUAUUAUCAAUUAUCGUCAUAUUUGGUGUAUAUGGGGUUAUUUUUUUUGAUAAUUGCUUUCUUUUUGGGGUUUUCGGUUGAACGAGUUGGCCGUGUUUGAUUUUGUGCUGAAGAAUUGAUUGAUGUGUGCUAUGAGUUGCGGUUGAUCCGCGUUGAACAGCACAAUACAAAUCACUGUUUCGGGAGUAAGUGAUCGUUCGUUUGAAACCCAUCCCAGUCGAGUGGAGAAGAAGCGUUGGUAAAAAGUGUGAAGAAUUUAAUUAGUUGAAGAAAUAGAAUGUGUUUGCUCGGUUUGUAGGAAGCUGUUAAUGGAAGAAAAUCGAAUGUGCUAAUGAAUAGAAGUAUUUUAAUUUGUGAUUUGCUUCGCAGAAUUUCAACCAGCUGCUCAAUGUGUUCCACCAUGGAAGUGAAAUAAUCCAUUAUCUCCUGAAGAAUGUGAAGAAAAGUUAUUUUUUGUGACUCGUUAUCAGUGCUCAAUACAAAAUGCUGCAAGCAGCAGAAACCUCAUUCGGUUCGACCGAAUCCUCCCGGAGGCGUUCGACAUUCUACGUCCCGUUAACCGGGGAUAGCUCCUGCCACGAAGCCGCCUCGGACGAUCCUCCGGCAUCGUCUACGCCCGGUGCCAAACCAGACGAGUACACCAAACGUUCCCUGGAGCGUAUCUACAAUCCCGAUCUCAGUGCCUGCAGUUUCGAUUGGAGCCUAGACGACUCCCUGAACUCCACCAACUCCAACCUGCUCGUCAGCAGCGAGCGCGAGAACAAACUCAAACGAUACGGCAUUGUUCUAAAUGCCAGUGUAAAUAUCGACGACGACGAGACCACGUGCCAUCAGAAGCAAAGCAACACCUCAACGCCGAUUCGCCUUAUGAAGUCGCGCAGUCGCAACAACAUCCUCAACCUCCCGGAGAAACCUUCGCUGGUGCCGUCGCCUUCGAAGGAAAAGUCCAAAACCUUGCCUCAGAAUCUAUCGCCGGCGAACACGUUCCCACCGAAAAGUUCCUUUCUACUCAAGUCGACGCCGAAGAUUUCGCUCAAUUACUCAUCGGAGGCUGGCGGUGGAGGCGCCAACACUUCCACUCACUCCGUGGAUGCUUCCUCUUCGUCUCACUCCGUCCUCAGCCCGAAAAAGUCGCUCAGUUUCAUCAGGCGGACACAUUCCACCAAGCUGUCGAGAAGCAACUCGUUCCUCAAAAGCCUCACCUCAAAAUGCGUCGACCAGAACGACAAUCUGAACCUCCUGAAGAUAGAGGUCAAGGAGCUGGACUUUGCGCGGCUGGAGAAAUUCAUCCGGGCCGGCGAAAAGGCCGACGAAAUGGUGCGGGACAUGUUCCUGCGCUGCAAAGACGACAAGGAGGAGGAAAGCGCCGUUCAUUCCGACACAUCAUACGAAAAAGCAUGCCGAAGAGGCUCGGCACCGAGCACCCCGAUUCUGGGUCAGAAGUCAGAAUCAACCUCGCGGUUCACAAACUUCUUCUCCAAACGUUCCUUUCGAUCGAACCCGCUGAAGCGCACAAAGUCCGUCACAAAGCUGGAACGUUCGAAGCGGGGCCAGGGUGGCCUGCGGGGUUCCCGAUCACACGAGAGUCUACUCUCGAACCAUGCUGUGAUGUCCACCAUCGAUCUGUCCUGUAUCGGCGCGAUCGGAGUGGUUCCGGUGCACGCGUCAGUAUUAGGCCGACGGCACUGCUUCCAGGUGCGAGGAGGCACCCGCGGCGAACGUUACUACAGCUGUGGAUCCCGACAGGAGCGGGAUCUAUGGAUCUACAGUUUACGCAAGUCGAUCGCACCGAACGCCGAGAACACCAGGCGGACAGACAACUCGCUCAAAAUGUGGGUCUACGAAGCCAAAGCACUGCCACCGAAGAAGAAGUACUUCUGCGAGAUAAACCUCGACAAGACGCUGUACGGACGCACGUCGGUGAAGCUAAGAACGGAGCUCCUGUUCUGGGGCGAGUAUUUCGACUUUCCGGACGUACCGGAUAUCAACGUGAUAACGGUGAAUGUCUACCGGGAAGGCGAGAAGAAAAAGAAACGUGACAAACAUGCUCUCGUUGGUUCGGUAAAAAUCCCGAUUCAUGAGGUGACCUCCCGAACUUUCUCCGAGGAUUGGUAUCCGAUCAUUUCGGAUAAACAUGAUAGUAUAAGCAAAAACUCUUCCAAAGAACCAAUUCCCACAUUGAGGAUAAAGUGUCGCUUCCAAAGCAUAGACAUCCUUCCGUUUGGCGUGUACCAAGAUUUCCUGGAUUAUAUCAAAGAAAACUACAAAAAAGUAUGCGAAAUAUUGGAACCAGUUAUCGGAGUGAAGGCAAAAGAAGACAUUGGUCAAGCACUGGUACUGUUGAUGCAUGCCCAAGGAAUGGCCGCGGCGUUUCUCACUGAUGUGGUCGCUCUUGAUCUGCUUCGAGUGGGCGAUCAACGACUGACCUUCCGUGGUAAUUCCCUGGCCACUAAGAGCAUGGAAGCUUUCCUUAAACUUACCGGCGAGCAGUACCUGCAGGACACGUUGUCUACCCCAAUCUCGGAAAUUAUCUCAUCCGAUCGUGACUGUGAGGUGGAUCCGCUGAAAGCCAAUGGUUCACUCUCACGCCAACAACAGGCGCUUCGGAACGCUGUUAAAACUGCUUGGAACAGCAUUGCUGACAGCAGCAAAAACUUCCCAACACAACUACGCGAUUGCUUUUCCACAUUCCGCGAACGGUUACAGAUGCUCGAUCGUGAAGACAUGGCCGACAACCUCAUCAGCGCGUCCAUCUUCCUGCGAUUCUUGUGUCCUGCAAUUCUCUCGCCAAGUCUUUUCAACAUCACAACUGAGCUUCCAUCGGCGAGGGCCACGCGCAAUCUUACACUGGUUGCCAAAACGCUCCAGACAUUGGCCAAUUUCACUCGUUUCCAAGGUAAAGAAAACUUUAUGGAAUUCCUUAACGAUUUUCUGGAACACGAAGCACCACGAAUGAAGCAAUUCCUGCAUGACAUUUCAACGCGAUCAGAAAACCCCAUGCAGGAAAGCAUCCUGGACUGGGCGGGAUACAUCGACCAAGGAAAGCAACUGUCCAUACUUCACACGCUGCUUGCCGAGAGCAUUCAAAAACUGCCCACGUCCAAGCAGCUAGACCUGCACCCACUUCCGAGCAUCUUGGAAUCUAUCACAGUCGCCAAGGAAUCCAACAGUUUCAUCACCACUCAACAGCAGAAUCCUCAACCGCAGCCACAUCCCAACCAGGAAAACCAAAGCUUAUCAAUCGCACCGCUAAAGAGCACAGAACGCGGCAUAAUGAGAGGAGUUCUAACUCCAACCUCCCUGGAAAAGAACAUCUUCCGCUACAAUGAUCCAACCGUACGCCCUCUUCUAAGUCAAAACCAGAGCUCCAGCUCACUCCAACACUCGCACUCCACUUCCAGUAUUAACUCGGCCACCAAUCUGCACGUGGUGAGCCCCACAAUCACACAUCACAACAUGUCCAGUACAAACAACUCCUCCGAUAAUAAAUACCAAUACCAGGUCGGCAGCAUGCGAACAUACGGCACCGUCUCGCAGUACUACAACAAUUCCAGCAACAUCGGAAGUCUUAAGAACGAAAAAGAGAAGAGCCCAGUCCUUAACUGCGGUAUUCGGGCGAGCACGCUACCCAGAAACAAUGCCGUCACUGUUAGCAACGGAACAAUUAACGGGGAACCCGAGGAGCACAACAAUGCUACUAAUCUUAUUCAGAUCGGCUUCGAUCCCAGCAAUGCCUUCAACCGAAAGAGUCCAACCCCACUGCUGAAGUCUUCAACUCACAUCAACGGCAGUCGAAGUCGUAACCUGAACGGUUCUCAGCUUAGCCUCCUCUCGGACAUCGGCAAGAACCCACUCAGCUUGGGAAUCCCACACAGCGAGAUGGUCACCAGUACGACUCCAACACCCGCCCAAACCCAGUCCAACCCUUCCAACAUGCCGAUGAGUCUGGACGACCUGGAGGACCUACUAAACUACGCCGAUGAGCAAAACAUUGAAAACCAAAAAGGCAAGGAGCAACUUACGAGCAAGGGCAGCAACAUCUCAAUCGGACAGAUCUCCAACAUCUGCAGCUCUGGAUACCAAAGCAUAACGACACAGUCGCAGAGCUCCAGCCCAGUAGAACUCGGCCAGCAACAGAUCGAGUACGUGGCAAACAAAGUGCCACCACCCCGAAAAAUCAACAACGGCAAAUACGGCUACAUCAGUCACAGAUUCACUCCUGCCAACAACUCCAACCUGUCCAAUUUGAACAACAACAACGAUCAGGACGAGCACUACGCUCCUCUGGCGUACAAGAGUCCUCUCUACCCGCAGAACUCGAACGGGAACAACGGCGGAGCUCUGAAUGCGUACAACAACAACCUAAUCAUCGGGAGUAACGUUAGCAACACAGUUAGCAACAGCGGAUUGAUAAACGGCGGAGGCGUCUACAAAAGUCACCUCAGCACGAUCGGAAGCGGAGGAAACCUGCACACGUCCAGUAGCGACGAACGGUUAAGCAAUAACGACAACUAUCGGGACCUGGAUUCGUUGAAUACCGUCAACGGUAAUGGUUACGAUUCCUUCGGCAGUCUACAUGGCAGACGGUUGGGCAGCAGUCGAAUGCCGCGAACGAACCCUUUGAUGCAAUACAAGCGCGAAGAGCCGCUGGAUAUUCAUCCGAUCGGAAGUUACCCCACCGGAGCGGGCAGCGCCCGUGACCAUCACCAUCACGGCAACUCCGGACCGGGUCGCUACCAACGUCGGAUGAGCAUCGAUUCCGGCCGGACACUGUCGGACAGUUCGACCGAUACCGAGAGCGGACCCAAGCCAACGCACCAUUCGGUGUCCGUCGGUUUGGGCGGACCAGCGGGUAGCGGUCAUCUGGGCCUGCUCGGCAGUGGCGGCGGCAAUCACAGCGAAAGCAAACGGAGAUAUCAUCGCACCAGCACCAGUAAAUCGGUGGAACAGUGCGAGCGGGAAAUCCAACGACUUCAGGCUUCGGUGGAUGAGCUGCGCCAGAAGCUGGAAGAAUCCGAACUGAAGGAGGUCAGCGAGGACCGGGAGGCCAUUUCGGCGCACCAUAGCGAUUCGAAGAUCCGCAGCAUCAUUGGACGUCUACUGGCCAUGGAGGAGGAACUCCGCCGGGAGCAGUACAAGAUGUCGCUGGUCCUGUCGCACAAGCAGCGGGUCAUCGAAGCCCAAGGGCAGCAAAUUGCUGCCCUGGAUGCGGCCAAUAACCGGCUGCUAACUGCCCUGUCGAGCCUGCGGAAUCGCUACGAAAACCAAUCCAACCAAAGUGACACCAGUUCCCCGGCGCCGAAUGCCAGUGCAUCGUCCUGCUAGAUAAAUCUUGAGAAAUGACAAAACGAACACAGCUCUCUUCAAUCCCGCUUGAGUCAAAUCGAAACAGAACAAAAGUUAUAUUUGUACAUAAUCGCAACAUGAGAAAGUUUCGAACUAUGUUAACAUGUAUUAGGUUUUAAAAUAUUUAUUGUAAAAAGCACCUUUACAUAAUCGAUGUAUUCAAAAUUGAACAUGAUUUUAAGAUCAAUAGUUUGAACAACAAGUAAACCUACCCAAUUUGUUUUAUCUGUUGUCUGCGUGAGUAAAAGGCACAAAAUUUCUCAGAUGUUUCCACAAAUACACAGUGCCCGAUCACCCGAAGCGGUUCAUUUUCAGCGAGUACUUAUUCGACUGUAACAAACCAGAAACCAACCCCAACCGGAACUGGAAACAAACUGUGACUGCCUGUGAAACCACAAUGAUCGUCAACCAGUAUUCUAUCGUAAUCGAAAGAUACUUCUAGUUUUGCAACCUGCACCCAUACACCACCACACCCCCUAUCUUAAGGUACAACGUUUUGUUUUUUUUUUCUAGCCACUGUACAGCGUCGUCGUAAUGGACUAAUCAAAUAUAACCAAAGAAUCAUUUCAGUAACAACAAAAAAGUAAAACGACAAUUAACCUUUCUUCAUCGCGCAAGUCGAAUUCAAAUUUAGUUAGUGUUAGCAAUCAGCAAAUCAAAACCACACACUUGGCAUAAGCGUACUGUGUGUAGAGAUUGAGUGAACCCGGAAAUCUGUUUUACGGUUAGGUAAUCUCCAGUUUUUUUUUGAACGCAUAUAUUGAACAUUACUUUGGCACUAUUCACGUAUAGAUAUGGACGUUUGACUGUUUUCAUGUGAAACUGACUUACCUUCCUUACUAUUGUUUGUAGAAAUUAUCCAUAACCACGAAAUAUAUUGCAGAUAUGAAAUAUUUAUAAAA